CAUAACCCAAGAAGAACAUCAUGGAAUGUGAAACACAAGAAACCCCCAUACUUUACUUUCCACUCCUUAUUAUAAAUAUGUACUUUUCUUUAAUUUCUCUCACUUUGUAAAGUUGAAAGCAACUAACACCCUGUCCCUUUCUUCGCCACCCAUUUUUUUUUAUUAUUUAUUUUCUUUAGUAUUACUUUUACACAUUACUCAAUUCUCAACACAACAAACACACCACAAGUCUAAAAGAAGAAAGGAAAGAAGUUAUUGGGAAGAUAAUAGUCACUCUUUAUGAUCCCUCAACUUGCUAUUUUUCUCAAAUUUCUCUUCACUUGAAUACGUUACAUUAUUCAUAAUAAUAUUCUUCACUUUUUUUUUUCUCUCUCAACAGUUUGGCCUAUAGGAGAAGGCUUAACUUCCCUCUCCUACUCCUCCUUUAGAGAAACUAAAACUGUUUUGUUUGUCAGAGAACCAAAAAUGGCUUAUAAUAAUAAGUUCAAAACUUUUUUCCUUGCUUUGGUUAUCUUAUAAUCUGCUUCUGCAUAGUACUUGAGUACUGGCUAUUUUUUACAGACUAUAAAAGAGUUUCUUCUGCGAUUGGAUAGUGUGAUUUAAUUGGUCUCUUCUUCCUUACUUGCUCUCGGUUUUCUGGGGUUCUCUCAGGAAAAAUGAACUAAAGAGAUUAUUAAGAGUAUUUGAGAAAGUCUAUGAGUUGGAGAAGUAAGGCAUUUUCCAACAUUGUUUUGGUUGCUGGUUGUGGUAUCUUAAGACUAGAUAGUAAGAAAAAAAGUUACUACUAGAGGAGAUUUCUUUGGCAAAUUAUGGAUGAUGGAUCGAAAUUCAAGUGGAAAGAGCUUGGGGCUUCAGAUGUGGAGUCAUCUUCUUCCUCUAUGCCUUUGAAGAGGACAAGAGGGUCAUCAUCAAGCAAUGGAAUCCAAGUCCCGUCUUGCCUUGUAGAUGGCUGCAAUUCAGACCUUACCAAAUGCCGGGACUAUCAUAGACGACACAAAGUUUGUGAAACUCACUCAAAGACUCCAAAGGUUACUAUCGCAGGCCGCGAGCAACGGUUUUGCCAGCAGUGCAGCAGGUUCCAUUCGUUAGGGGAGUUUGAUGAGGAAAAACGUAGCUGCAGGAAAAGACUUGAUGGGCACAACCGCCGCAGAAGGAAGCCUCAACCAGAACCCAUGUCCUUAAGUUCAGGAAGAUUUUUCUCUAGUUACCAAGGCACAAGAUUCUCACCAUUCCACAACCCACAAGCAUUUCCAAAUGCUGCCAUGGCUUCGGCUGCAGUUACUACAAAGCAAGAGUUCAGUGACAUAAGAAAAAACCCUCUUACAGGAUCACUGAAUCAAAGCUAUAAUAGUAGUAGUGGAGGUGGGAAAGAAUUCUCUUUCUUACAAAGCUCAAGUUGCACACACUCUGAGGCUUCUUCUGUGACUCAGUCACUCAUGGAUUCAAACUCUGCCUUGAACAACUGUGCAAACAGCCACAGAUUCUUCUCAAAUAACAACUGGCUGCACCGGGACAGCGUCGACUCUAGUUGUGCUCUCUCUCUUCUGUCAUCAACCACACCAAAUGAUACAAAGGAGAUUGGAUUGAACCACAUGCUGCAGCAUCAGCAUCAGCAGCAGCAGCCCAACUCCUCCUCCUCCCCCUCCCCUGCCAGUGGGCGAGCGCAGCAGCCCUUGUUCCCCACUGAAAGUCUCCACUACAGUGGUCUAGGAAUGGUGAUGAGUGACCAGCCAGUAGCAGUAGUAACUUCAGCUAUGGAUACUACAGACGGCGACAACUUCCAUUGCCAAGAAAUGUUCCGACUUAGAACUGAUCAUGGAUCUUCUUCUUCUUUUUCUGGUGGGCAUCAUCAUCAUCAUCAUCAUAAUUAUCACCAUCAUAAUCAUAAUCAUAAUCAUAAUCAUAAUCAUCAUCACUUUGAUUCUCAGCGUGGGAAUCGCGUACCACCAUAGUUGGAAGGAACACUACUAGCUUAGUGCGAAUGGUGAAGAAAGCAAGGAAACCAUUCCAACACUCCCUUUCUCUCUCUUUUUUUCUUCAUAGACUGAAAAUGACAUGUCUAAUGUUAUAUGAUGUUGAAGUUGAUAUUCUUAGAUAAAUAACUUGAAAACUUUUGCUGCUUAUUCUAAUAAUAUUGGUUUUUCUUUUUCUUAA